CAAACACACACACACACUUAAAACUCACUUAUUCUAAAAAAGAGUGUGUCACAAAAGCCUCCACUCUCUCUCUCUGUUUCUCUCUCACACACCACCACCAACAACAACAACAACAACAACAACAACAAGAUCUCAAAACUCAAAAAGAGAAACAAAACACAGUGAUUUUUUUUGUUUUUGUUCUGUGCUUUCACUCUAAGACACGCUUGCUUAUUAUUCUCACUCUUUUUUAGAUUCAUUGGAUCACAAGCUUUUGCCUCCAUUUAAUUCAAACCAAACUGUUCCAUUUGAAAUCACAAAGCGUUUUCUUUUAUUUUAUUUGUCUCUCUGGAAAAUGCGUUUUUAAGGUAGUGUUUUAAUGCUUGAUUUUUGCUGAUCAUGGCGGGAGAGGUAGAAGAAUCCUAUAACUUUAGCUUUCAGCAGGCAGAUUCUCUACAUUCUGGAUCUAUAUCAUUUGGAAGGUUUGAAAAAGAACCAUUAUCUUGGGAAAGGAGGUCAUCUUUCUCACAUAAUAGGUACCUUGAGGAGGUUGAAAAAUGCUCGAAACCAGGUUCAGUUAUUGAGAAGAAAGCUUAUUUUGAAGCUCAUUUCAAGAAGAAGGGUCUUCUUCUUCCAAAUUCAUCCGAGUGCCAUAGUGGGUCUGAAUAUCAAACUAGUGAAAAUGAUAUCUUGGAGAGCAGAGAAGAAUUUGAACAUGUAAAUGAAGGUAGCCACUAUGCUCACUUUGAUGAGAGCCCUGAGGGUUCAGAGCAUCAUGCAGAAUCCGAAGUAACAGGAUGUGGCAUGGAGAAGCCAGGGGUUUCCUUCUCUGCUCCUCAGAUGGAAUCCAGUUUGAACAAUGCUGAUAAUUUGAUAGAUGGUAAUGCUGUGGAUUUUAAUGCUGGGGAAACACAUCAAGCCAAAUCUGGGUGUGACAAGUUUCGUUCAGUUAAUGAUGAACCAGAGAUAAAAGGAAACCAUAAUCUUAAUGGUGAUGAUGUGAAUGCUGAUGAAUCAUGUAAAGCCCUAGUUCAUGACAAACUAGAUAUUGAGGUAAAUCAGAACCUUGAUUGCGAUGCAGUAAAUGCCGAUAAAUCACCAAAAGGCAUUGACCAAUCUCCCAAGACUGGACCUGCUGCGAAAGUUGACAAAACUAGCUUGGAACAUUGGCAAACCCCUUCUCCAAAGUUGAAGGCUGCAACGGGAACCAAACCUUUGAAGCCCAGAGUUUUUCGAGUCCAGAGAGACAUUUCUGGUGCUGCAUCUAAAGACCCUGCAAAGAAUCCAAGUAGAAGGGAAAGAGAGAGUUCACAAAGAACAAAUAUAGAAAAGAAUUCAUCAAAAACUAGCUAUCCAACUACAUGUGCUGUGCACAGAACUCCAAUCUCAGAGGAUUCUAGAAGUCAGAAGGCAAAAUUAAUUCAUGACAAUAAAAGUAUUGGUGAAAAGGGAUCAAGGAGAAAGAAAGUUGGUGAAUCUCAGCCCUCUUCAAUGAAGGCUGAAUCAGGAGGACAUCUAACAGCAAACAGGCUUCAUCGCACUGUGAAUUCAACAAAGGAAGAUGCAAGGCCAGGUGCUGCAACUUUCAGUUUCAAAAGCAACGAACGAGCAGAAAGGAGGAAAGAGUUCUAUAUGAAGUUGGAGGAGAAAAUGCAUGCUAAGGAGGCUGAGAUAAAUCAAAUUCAAGCAAAAACACAGGAGAAGACAAAAGCUGAGAUCAAACAAUUCCGGAAAAGCCUAAACUUCAAGGCAAUGCCUAUGCCUUCUUUUUAUCAUGUAGCUAUGCCAUCAGGGUCAGAUGGGAAGAAGGUCGUAUUAAGUACCAACAAAGUUAAUAAAGCACGAAAUAAGUCUACAAGUCCAGGGAGUAGAGCUGUUGCAGGAUCAAAAUCAUAUUUUAAGGCAGGAAAUGACCAAGCUCCCUCUACCAGUGAAUCUGUUGACACAUCCGAACCACUUGAUGCCUCAGAGGAGACCAACUUCCCAUUGACUGAGCAUUCUGGAGGCAGUGAAAUCUUGCAGACUGCAUAUACCAACCAAAGUUUUCCCCCAGAAGCUACAACUAGAAAUGAGGUCACAGGGAGGAAAGAGCGAGGAAAGGAGAAGGAUACUAGUUUGCAUAAACAUCGUGUUUCAGAAACUCAUAAGGUGACAAAAAGUCAAAGAGUUGAUAGGAAACAGAAAGUGGGAGCCCGGAGAAGUAGCAAUGAGAUGGCAAGGAAGGACAUGAAAGGCAUUGGCAUUGGCAGCAGUUCUGGAAUGGGUCAUCUAACAGUUGGUGUUGCCUCUUGAACAAAAAAGACCCUUCUCCCCAUAUAUUCUCCUUUUCCCCAAGCUACCAUCACAUGUUUGUAAUCACAUGUUCGCCGCCAUGCGGAAUGAAUAAAAAGCAUAAAGUGAUCUUAAGUUACCCUGUAAGAAGCAUGUACGACGUCAUGCUUCUCUCCGUAGCACAGAUGUGAUGUAUCAUGAAAGCUGAAUGUUGAGGUUAGCAUUUCAUUAUCACUUUCCCUUAACAUUAUUUUAUAUUUUCAUGUAUGCAACAUGUAACAUAACAUGUAGCUGGAAUAGAUAAUAAUGGUGAAAUUAUAUGAGGGAUCUCUUAAAAUCAGAAGACCCUUUUACCACCAUGUAUGAGGUAUACCAAUACGAAUGAUUAGUUUAAUGAAAUAAUUAUUUGUAAUAA